AGCUCUGAUACCUAGCUUAACAUCGAACAAUACUCAAGUGAGCAUCGCAAGUUGGAUCUUGUAAUUAUUGGCAACGGUGCGAAAAAGACCGUCAGCUCUCCGUAUUACGUCAGGAUAAUAGCAUCAGUGAAUUGCUUCUGUAGAAAGGCCUUGAGAACGCGCAUUUCUUCCAACGUCCACUAAAGCAGAUUGGACGUGUGAGAAACAUUCAUCUCUGAUCUCUGGAAGUGAAGACCUAAAAUAUCUACACGUAACCCACCUACCUGGCUCGAGCUGAACACAAAUCGAACAGUUUUUGCACCAUCUGGUUUUGGUAUUGGUCAAGAAGGGUCAUCAGUCGGUCAUUCUCGAGAUGUCGCGUGCUUUAGUACUUCUCUUGAUAUCAUCGUUUGUUUGGAAAGGUUGUAUGUCCGUGAUGUGCUACUGGUGCAGUGGUGUGGGGGACGACAGGGAGUGUGAGACUCGACCCUAUGCAGUCCGUACCGGGCCCGUCUACCUCAACUGCAGGGCCAACUUCUGUCUGUCCGCGAAGGUCAUCGAUGCAGAAACUGGUCGAGUGAAGUCGUUUGCCAGACUCUGUGACAACGUUCCUCGUGGGAACCUCUGCAUCCAGGAUUCCAAACUCAUCACAUGUUACGAGUCGUGCACAACUGACCUGUGUAACAGCGGGAACCCCAGCCCCAUCCACCUCCCAACCGUCAGCUACGCCGGGGAGGAAAUACCCCCACGGGACUACAAGGGUGGGUACGCACCAAUUCAAAACUACGACACUCUCGGAAGACCAUACAAGAGCCAUAGCUUUAAAGGGGCAAGCAAUAUCAAGUCCGGGCCAAGACGAGAAAUGUGGCUCGCAACAAAACGUCAAGGAUUCUUCAGCACCCAGGCAAGGAAAUUCCCCUUCAUUGUUACCCCGACUCCUCUAAAAGCUGCAAAUGUAAAGAAGGGAAACUCGAACACCGAGAUGCUGAAACUUGGCAUGCAGAAGAAAGCUAAUGGGUCACGUCUUGAGGCUGUGGGUGAAAACAGGAAAAUGAUGGUUAGUAAAGACUUGAAUGCUAUCCAGGCCAACACUAGACCCGAGUUGGCUGUCAACCAUAUUACAUCGAACCCUGGUAAUAAAUUCACUUCUGUGGCAGACCAGAUGAAGACAAGUAUCUCUGUACAGAACAAGAACGACUUUGAUGUUUCGGGUAUAUCUUUGACAGAAAUGGCUGCUGCUGAGAAGGUAUUCGUUGCUGAUUACUCUCAAGACGAUGGGUCUGAGACGAAGAAGGAUGAAGAAAAAGUUGUAGAUUACACUGUAAGUGAGACUGAGGAGGAAAGCAUGCCAAGCAAGGAGGCUAACGAUUACGUCGCAAGUAUUGAUCUUGCUCUUGCAGAAACUAAACAUGAAGAGAUGUUGACGAAAGAAAGUAUCAGAAAAAACUACGAACAUGGUCUGAAUCCGAACUAUGAUAACACUAAAGAUUACGAGGCUGAGAGGAAGGAACAAAACGAUGCCCGUUUCCUUGACGACGAUGACUCUGAACCUUUGUAUGAAGAGGAGUUUGAGGUGGAUCCUUUUGGCGAAAUUGGACGAGGAUCUGACGGGGUGGUGAUCUGGCCCAGAAGUGCUAUUGAGGAAGAACUUGAGCGAGAGGAAUUGAGAGAAGACGAAGUACCAAUGUCCAAUAUGAUCGUAGAGGAAGAUAGAGAAGAGGGUCUCAUCCAAACGUUCAGGGCCAACACGACCAAGACAACCCAGGACGCUGAUAAAGUUGCUGCAGCAAAAGCUAAGGUUAAUGAAUCAAAGCCUAAAGUUAAUAGUACUUCACAAAAUGAUGGUGUUGCUUUGGAAGAAGGUAGUCAGGGCAAGAAGGGAGGCAAAACGGAGGCUCCUCGCGUUACUAGCAAUGAUGUAGAUCACAGUAAGAAGAGUACUCAGAAGGACGUUUCUAUGGGCCUUGACAACAUCAUACAGCAAAUCAAAGAUUUAAAAACCACAGGAAAGAAAACGGAAACUACCAAAUCCGUACAUGUCACAAAAUCAACGACAACAACAUCAACAAAACUGUCAAAACCAGAAUAUAAACAAACAACGACUGUUAUGAAACGAAAUAUUACAAUUCCAUUGACCCACUCGGGAACUCGACAAACCACCCUCCCGUACAUCUGGCGCGACAAUAGUUCCUGGAAUAAGACCGACACGCAAAAUAAGACAGUAAGUGAUAAAGAAGUCUCUGAUAACGGAAACAGAAACACCAAUGGAUCGACUGCUAAGCACACCAAACAUCACAAGAACGUACAACUCACCGACUUCCUUGAGCUUCAUGCAAGCACCAUGUCACCCAAAUCAUCGAUGGAUGUCAACAAAACUUUGAAAAAGUCCAACCAGACCACAUUGGCCCAGAGGGAUACGAGGGGUCACACGAAGGAAGACAUAUUCCUGGAUGAAUCUCUUACGGAGAAUCUGAAAGGAUUUGAGGAGGACCUUGUGGAAAAAACAGAAGCAGAGCUAACCGGAAGUCGUGCAGCAGUGACGUCAAGGGGCAGCUUCGUGUUGUGUGCUGUGGUCCUGUUUGUGUGUCUCAUGGGACUGUGAAUAAACUAAGAAUAAUGUUACAAAGUGAGGAACCAAAUAAGUGUUGGAUGUGUGGUGAUGAACUGAUCCCCAUGCGUUAUCUAGCUUGGUAAUGUUGGGGCACGGAUGGCCAAUCGUCUAAGGUGCCACAUUUCGUUGUGAAGAACCAAGUCCCUAAGGCCGCCCAAAAAACUAUGAUCGUGGGUUAGUCCUGAUUAUGUUUCAAGGUUUGUCAGCACCAUGCCGUACUUGUGGGUGUCACCAAAGUGGUAAACGUUACGACCUUCACCAUUUCCCUCCCACACCAAGCUGACACGCAGUGAUGUAACUGAAAUACUGUUCGAAGCAGCGUUAAACCCAACUCACUCACUCACGCCAGCUAGGAUGACACGGCUCUACGUAUGAUAUACCUCAUAACUUCCCACCACACAUCUACGUGUAAUAAUUCCUUAAUCUUUCAUACUAUCGUUAUGUGACACUUUACAGUUGUAUGAAAUAUUGUGACCUUUUUGGGACUGAAUCUUCUGCUUGAUGGGCUGAAGUUGUGCUUGUAAAUCAAUUGUAUUUUGAGUUGUCAUGAACCGGCUCCACGUGAUGCAUCCCGAGAGUUUCUGGCAGCUACUUAUCGGAGGUCUCUGUAUAGUUUUCGCAUCUCUGUGCGGUCAAGGUCAAUGUUACAGAUGUGUGUUUACUCGUGUAACAGAUAUAUGUUGUGUGUCAUCUUACUGUGCUUGUUACCCUGUAUAUAUUACUGCUGGCGUUUACAACGUCAACAGCGUAAAGAACUAUGUAAAUAUUUGCAAUGACAUGUAUUUCCAGUCAAGUCAGGUCCUUAUUUCGUAUGAAGGCCACUGGCCAAUAUACAGGACACUUACGUAAAUAUAUGCAACAAACUUCAACACAUCCUGCGUUUGGGGCGGUCGGGUAGCCUAGUGGUUAAAGCGUUCGCUCGUCACGCCGAAGACCCGGGUUCGAUUCCCGACAUGGGUACAAUGUGUGAAGCCCAUUUCUGGUGUCCCCGCCGUGAUAUUGCUGGAAUAUUGCUUAAAGCGGCGUAAAACGAUACUCACUCACUCACUCACAUCCUGCGUUUAUAAUUAUCUGUCUCUUGGCAUAGCUUUGCGACACGAAUUUACAUAGUUUUUUUUACAAUAAUCACAAUUUCCAAAUAAUAGCAUUUGUAACUUAUUCAGGGUUGGAUAUAGACAUACAUAUUUUUUCGGCAAGUAAUAUUCUCUGAUGCCAUCAUAAUAAUUACAGAUUAAGACAAAAUUAUAUUCAUCUUCUUUACCAAGUUUACAUACAGAACAUGUGGGUUGUGAUAACUGCUAAUAUCUAUCUUCAUUUACCAUCAGUUUAAAGGGGGCACGGGUGGCCAAGUCGUCUAAGGCGCCGCGAUUCGCUGUGCAGAGUUGCGUCCCUUGGGCACGCCAGAGACCUAUGAUUGUGGGUUCGAAUCCUGGUUCGCCCCGAUUA